GGUCAUUUCUCCGUCUGGACCCCGCCCCGGAGAGAUAUGCUCAGCCCAAACCGCCUGGAAGCGUCUCCUGGGAUUGCCUUGGCCCCCGGGCGUGCGGAGUGCGGAGCCUUCCCUCGGACGGCGGGCGCGGCCCCGCGGCUUUGCCUGCCCCUCGUCCUCCUCCUGCUCGCCCUGACGCCCCGCGCCGACUCCUCGUGGUGGUACAUCGGGGCGCUGGGCGCGAGGGUGAUCUGCGAUAACAUCCCCGGGCUGGUGAACAAGCAGCGGCAGCUGUGCCAGAGAUAUCCUGACAUCAUGCAGUCGGUCGGGGAGGGAGCCAAGGAGUGGAUCCGGGAGUGCCAGCACCAGUUCCGGCACCACCGCUGGAACUGCAGCACCCUGGACCGGGACCACACCGUCUUUGGCCGGGUCAUGCUGCGAAGCAGCAGGGAGGCCGCCUUCGUCUACGCCAUCUCCUCGGCUGGAGUGGUCUACGCCAUCACGCGGGCGUGCAGCCAAGGGGACCUGAAGGCCUGCAGCUGCGACCCGCUCAAGAGGGGCCGCUCCAAGGACGAGCGCGGGGAGUUCGACUGGGGCGGCUGCAGCGACAACAUCAACUACGGGAUCCGGUUUGCCAAAGCCUUCGUGGACGCCAAGGAGAAGAAAGUGAAGGACGCCCGGGCGCUGAUGAACCUGCACAACAACCGCUGCGGGAGGAUGGCUGUGAAGCGUUUCCUGAAGCUGGAGUGCAAAUGCCACGGGGUCAGCGGCUCCUGCACACUAAGGACUUGUUGGCUGGCAAUGUCAGAUUUUCGAAAAACAGGGGAUUACCUAAGGAAGAAAUACAAUGGGGCCAUCCAGGUGACGAUGAACCAGGACGGCACUGGCUUCACGGUGGCCAACAAGAACUUCAGGAAGCCCACAAAAACAGAUCUGGUGUAUUUUGAGAACUCACCUGAUUACUGCGUGAUGGACAAGUCAGCAGGCUCCCUGGGCACGGCCGGUCGCGUGUGCAACAAGAUGUCCCGCGGGACGGACGGCUGCGAGGUGAUGUGCUGUGGGCGGGGGUACGACACCACGCGCGUCACUCGCAUCACCAAGUGUGAGUGCAAGUUCCACUGGUGCUGCGCUGUGCGCUGCAAGGAGUGCGAGGACACUGUGGACGUGCACACGUGUAAAGCACCAAAACGGGCCGAGUGGUUGGACCAGACCUGAGGAGAUGGGAGCACAGAGGGAAGAAUCCACUGCCGCCACCCCCCCUUGCAAUUUUUUUAAAACCCUGUGCCCUGAGGGCCAUGACAUUCUGGGAGCUGUAGUUCAACUGCAUGGCUUUUAUUUAAUUAAUUCUGCAAAGCACUAAAGAAAGGACUGCAUUUCCCAGGAGGUACUGUGGACCCUUCUAUUUGCUCAGCAAAACUAAUCCCCUACCUAGG